UUCUGGAGGCGCCGCCGCCGCUCCCGAGGCCGCCGCUGCUGCCGUCGCCGCGCAGAGCCGGAGCAGGAGCCACGGCCGAGAGGAGGGAGGAGGAGGAGGAGGAGGUGGAGGAGGCGCCGGACCCAGGGGGAUAGAUUCCCAGAAGUGGGAUAACUGGAUCAGAGGGUGAUUACCCUGUGUAUAAGAGUGUGUGUCUCACUGCACCUUCAAUGGCAUUGAGUAGAUUAUCAGUAUUUAAACUGUCCACAUCAUGCGCGAGUACAAGCUAGUGGUCCUUGGUUCAGGAGGUGUUGGGAAGUCUGCUCUGACAGUUCAGUUUGUUCAGGGAAUUUUUGUUGAAAAAUAUGACCCAACGAUAGAAGAUUCCUACAGAAAGCAAGUCGAAGUAGAUUGCCAACAGUGUAUGCUCGAAAUCCUGGAUACAGCAGGGACAGAGCAAUUUACAGCGAUGAGGGAUUUGUAUAUGAAGAAUGGCCAAGGGUUUGCACUAGUAUAUUCUAUUACAGCUCAAUCCACAUUUAACGACUUACAGGACCUGAGGGAACAGAUUUUACGGGUUAAGGACACAGAAGAUGUUCCAAUGAUUUUGGUUGGCAAUAAAUGUGACCUGGAAGAUGAGCGAGUAGUUGGCAAAGAACAGGGCCAGAAUUUAGCAAGACAGUGGUGUAACUGUGCCUUUUUAGAAUCUUCUGCAAAGUCAAAGAUCAACGUUAAUGAGAUAUUUUAUGACCUGGUCAGACAGAUAAAUAGAAAAAACACAGUGGAAAAGAAGAAGCCUAAAAAGAAAUCAUGUCUGCUGCUCUAGGCCCAUAGUCAGCAGCAGCUCUGAGCCAGAUUUCAGGAAUGAAGAACUGUUGCCUAAUUGGAAAGUGCCAGCAUUCCAGACUUCAAAAAAUAAAUCUGAAGAGGCUUCUUCUGUUUUAUAUAUUAUGUGAAGAAUUUAGAUCUUAUAUUGGUUUGCACAAGUUCCCUGGAGAAAAAAAAUUGCUCUGUGUAUAUCUCUUGGAAAAUAAGACAAUAGUAUUUCUCCUUUGCAAUAGCAGUUAUAACAGAUGUGAAAAUAAAUAUACUUGACUCUAAUAUGAUUAUACAAAAGAGCAUGGAUGCAUUUCAAAUGUUAGAUAUUGCUACUAUAAUCAAAUGAUUUCAUAUUGACCUUUUUAUCAUGAUUCUUCCCUGUCAAGCACUAAAAAAAGUUGAACCAUUAUACUUUAUAUCUGUAAUGAUAUAGAUUAUGAAAUUUCCCCUCAAACUCAUUGCAGCAGAUAACUUUUUUGAGUCAUUGACUUCAUUUUAUAUUUAAAAAUUAUGAAAUAUCAUCUGUCAUUAUAUUCUAAUUAAAAUUGUUUGUGCAUAAUGCUUUGGAAAAAUGGGUCUUUUAUAGGAAAAAAACUGGGAUAACUGAUUUCUAUGGCUUUCAAAGCUGAAAUAUAUAAUAUACUAAACCAACUCUAAUAUUGCUUCUUGUGUUUUACUGUCAGAUUAAAUUACAGCUUUUAUGGAUGAUUAAAUUUUAGUACAUUUUCAUUUGGUUUGUGUGUUUUUGUUAUUGUUUGUAGAAUUAAGGCCUUUGUUUUAUAAUGACCACGUUGUUUUAAAUGCAACAGUAGCUCCUUUCUGCCUGGUAUCUGCAGAACACUUGGCUUUAAACUAUACUAAGUAAACUGGUGAUUUCUCUAGGAACAGACCUCAGCACUUUCUGUUCUAGAUAUAUUUAUUCCUACUAUACAGUAAAAUACAUCAGACUACAUAGAAUAGUUUUGUAUAUUCUCUCUUGAUCUUAAAGAUUGUAUCUUACUGAAUAAAAUAUCCCACUGUGUAUUAUUUUUAUAUGUAAAAACAUAAGUUUAAUACUGUAUCAGGGUUUAACUUUUACUAUUUCAAAUCUUCCACAGCUUGUAAUUUCAUCAAGGGAAUUAUUUUGCCAUUGUUAAUUUGUUGGGUAUGAGCCCACCGUUGAAGUGUUAAAUGUGAAAAAUUUCAAACUUUUAUAAGAGAUUGAAGAAUUUCUGAGAGAAGUGAGUGAAAGUUAAAACACAUAAAAGGAAUGUGUUAAUUACUUUUGCUUUAACUAUUUAUGACAUAGUAUGGUGGUAGUAAUAUUGAAAGGAUUGCUAAGUUAAAAUUUUAGCUUCCUAUAUAGUGGUGCUUUUCUUUUUCUUCCCAGUUAUUUCCAUUUUUAUAAAAGAUAGGGCUUAAUUAGGACAUGGACCCAGGGUGAUAUUUUACUUAUAUAGAUUCUGUAAAGAGAGUUAGAGCAAAAAGCUUGUCAUCCAGUUAAGUGCUAGAAAAGGAAAAAUAAAACAAGCAAACAAAAAACAAGCUUAGGAAAUCCUGUGCCUUGUCCCCAAAUAUUAAGGAGCAGACCAGUCCUAGAAAGUCUAAAUCAUUGCUCAGGGAUCUAGAUACUAUCUCAUUGCAACUAGGUUAUGAAGAAGUAUUCAUGCCUUGCUGAAAUUUUCCGGGAGCAUGGUCAGCCUGUCAGUUACUAAAUUGAAAUUUAAAAAUCAAAUGUAAGCUCUAUCUAACCAACCUGGGAAAUUGUUAUUGUUUUGAAAAAUUGGAAAUUGUAUUUUUUUGAGUUUCUAAUAAACUUAGUUACCUAACA